AUGAAAUUACAAACAACUGAAUCGUGUGUCUCUUUGUACUUGAAGAACGGGAUAUAUGAUGCUAAUGUGAAAGACGUUGCUGAAGAAGUUUUCACAAUAACCCAGAACUAUGAGGACAUUACCGCUACCGAUAUCGGCUUGCUGUAUGAGAUCCUGCAGGUGAUAGCUGACCUGAACUCUGAUGCAAAUGUAACAGGUCUUAUAGUGGGAAUAGUAAAUAACGUGAUGUUUGUCUACGAGGAUGUGCUAGCCUCUGCCCAAGAGAAUGGAAAUUAUACUGCCCUCAUCGUCCAGGUCUUAGAAUCUCAGUUGAAUACCGUCGACGUUGGUAACAGCACGCUUGAUGCAGCUUAUCCUAAUUUAGCAGUUAAGGUGCUUGACGUAUCUUCGGACACUGCUGGAGACGGCAUAGUGAUCACCAUGUUAAGUAUGGACACCAGUUCCUUGAGCAACAGUGACAUCAUGGUAGGAACACACCAAGACACACCUACUGACUCUGUCCCAAGAGACACCUUUGUCAGGGUUGUUGUACCCAUCGAGGUGGGGGGAAACGCUAUUGAGUCUCUCAGGGUUGCUUUCGUUGGGUAUGCCAAUGAUGCCAUGUUUCCUUCUCCAAGUCUUGCUCUACUAAACCGGGAAACACACGAGUUCAACAGUGAGAUUGAUACACCAGUGGUGUCCUUAACAAUCGGUGGACAGAAGAUAGAGAAUCUCAUGGAGCGUGUCAACGUCACUUUCUACAGAUUCAAGCCUAACUCCAGCGAUCCUACUUGUAACUUUUGGGAGUUUAAUCUUGUUAAAUGGUCUAUGGAGGGAUGUCAAGUGUUACCUGAUAACGCCGUCAAUAGCUUCAAUAAUGAAUACUACACAUGCGCCUGCGACCACCUGACCAACUUUGCCGUCUUAGUGGACAUAUAUGCAGAGGACGCACCUCCGAAACCUGUACUCCGUUUAUUGAGUAUCAUUGGGUGUGCUAUAUCAAUUGUGUGUCUGGUCAUCGCUAUCGCGUCCUAUCUUAGUGUCAAGAAGAUACGAAGAUCUCAGACUCACAAGAUUUUCAUCUGUCUUUGCACCACCCUGCUCUGUUUGUACACCGUAUCCCUCGCCAUCAUUGCUCUUGACACUGAGUUCCAGUAUGCCGAGGUCGAGUUGAUACCGUGUUCCGUCCUGGCGGCACUCGUCCACUACUUCGUGCUCUCUUCGCUUACGUGGAUGGGCAUCGAGGGAUUUAACACUUAUCUGGUCAUCAUAAAAGUGUUUAAUACUUACAUCCCGAAGUUUAUGAUCAAAGCUUCGAUUGUAGGAUGGGGUAUCCCGGCUGUGAUUGUUGCCGCAACUGGGGCAAUCACUAGGAACUAUUAUGCUGAAGAAGAUUAUUGUUACAUCCGGAAGUGGCCCCUCAUUGGUGGUCUCUUGGUCCCAAUGGCUAUCAUCCUCAUCAUCAAUAUCGCUGUGUUCAUUCUGGCAAUGCGUCGUCUGCAAAAUUCUGCACGAAUGGCAGGACGUGUGAAGAAAGACUGCAAGACCGAACGACAAGAGACCCGAGAACGGAUCCAGAAUGGCAUCGCCAUGUUGCUCCUGCUUGGCUUCACCUGGACUAUUGGAUACCUGACCCUGAUCAACGUGGACUUCACUGAACUCCUUUUCAUCAUCUUCAACUCCUUGCAAGGCUUCUUCAUCUUCGUCCUCUAUUGUCUUCGAAAGGAAACCAUCAGGAUGCAAUGGCGACGAUGUAUUUGUUGUGCACUGUUGCGGGAAGGUGCAGGCAGCGCUGAGUCCCAAGGAAAUUCCGGUGGAACAUCAAGAGCUACGAGUGGGACUGGAUGCUCUCAGCCUAUGUUUGAAUCUUCCUCUACAAUACCCCAUGCCAAUCCAUCUUUUGACCCACUCAAAUUAGAUAUAAAACCAUCAGGCUGCAAUGAUUAAUGUGCAAACGAUGUAUCUCUUGUAACUAAUAGCCAGAAAAUGAUAGUAGGCAUGAGCACUGAGACUUUGAUUUAAUUAAGGUAAUUUCUACACCCUAAUGCAUUGCCUUUUGAAAUUAUGUUCGGAUUACGUAAUGGCGUGUUCCUACAUUUCAAUGUGUAACACCCAAGUCUAUUGAAAUUGCCUGAAGUAGAAUUUGUGAAAGUCCUAGCGACCAUGCUGUACAUAAUUGAAACCCUCUGGAAUGUAAUGAAACGCUUUGUAGCUUGUUAUUUGCUAUUGAUGGUAGGGACUAUCUGACUUGUUGGAAUUAUUAUGUAUAAAUAAGCAUUAUAGGUUGAUACACAAUCAUGCAUGAUGUGAGUGUGGGGGUAUUUGUUUGAAAGAUUAAUUGACACAUUGUUAUUUACAUAAUCAUAUGCAAUAACGCGAAAGGGUUGUAGAGGGGUAGUGCGUUUGUUUCUUUGUUUAGUUUGCUUUAUUGUUGAACAUUAUACAUAACAAUAAUGUCUCAUGCAUAAGAUUGACAAAGAGAAUACAUAAAACAAUGUUAGACAUUUAACAUAGAAAAUCGAUG